CUGAACUCACUUCCCCUCUUACAUUUAAGAAGAUGAUGGGAUCCCCCCUGCUGUGCACCCACUAAAUAGAACGGGGUCCCAGCAUCGGAGAGAAACGACGCUUCCAGCCGAGCGUGGCUCUGAGUCUCAUGAUUGUAGAACUGGACGUCUUUCAAGGUUAUCUCACCCGAAAUCGCAUCUUACCGAGGCGAACCGGGUCCGAGGGAAGUCACGUGACUUGCCCGAGGUCGCCGCCAAUCAUCCUGAGCAGUUUUCAGGCUGUGGUCAGGGAGUGUGUGCCCUUUCCCACCGUCACCGCCUUCCGGCCAGGGAUGCUGAGCAGAGGACCCGGGAAGCCCGGACCUGCCUGGCGGUAGCGCUGCAGACAGCAGUCCCGGCGCAGCCUGUCUUUGUGAUUGUGUUUUGUUGUGUUGUGUUGUUCGCAUCUAGACUUCGGGCUCCUGGAGGAUAGUCCACGUCUACUCUUGAGGAUCCUCUCCCCGGACUCGGAGCACAGCAACACCCUUAAUGAUCAUCCUCUGCAGGGCAGGUGUGAGAAGAUUGCAGGUACGUUACAAUCAUGGUGCAGAAGUACCAGUCCCCGGUGAGGGUGUACAAACACCCCUUCGAGCUGAUUAUGGCUGCCUACGAAAGGAGGUUCCCCACGUGCCCGCUGAUCCCGAUGUUUGUGGACAGUGACACUGUGAAUGAAUUCAGGAGUGAGGACGGGGCCAUUCACAUCAUAGAAAGACGCUGCAAACUGGACAUAGACGCACCCCGGCUGCUGAAAAAGAUUGCGGGAGUUGACUAUGUUUAUUUCGUCCAGAAAAACUCACUGAAUUCCCGGGAGCGCACUUUGCACAUUGAGGCCCAUAAUGAGACGUUUGCUAACCGGGUCAUCAUUAAGGAGCACUGCUGCUACACCGUUCACCCUGAAAAUGAAGAUUGGACCUGUUUCGAACAGUCUGCAAGCUUAGAUAUUAAAUCUUUCUUUGGUUUUGAAAGUACAGUGGAGAAAAUUGCAAUGAAACAAUAUACCAGCAACAUUAAAAAGGGAAAGGAAAUAAUUGAGUACUACCUUCACCAGCUGGAGGAGGAGGGCAUCACCUUCGUGCCCCGCUGGACUCCGCCGCCCCUGGCGCCCUCUGCGGAGACGGCCGCGUCGGAAGGGCUGAGCAGCGAGGCCCUCAGCAGCCCGAGCGGGGCCUCUGAGCCCGCCGCGGGGACCCCCGAUGACAAGCUGGACGCAGACUACAUUAAGAGGUACCUGGGCGACCUGACUCCGCUGCAGGAGAGCUGCCUGAUCCGGCUGCGCCAGUGGCUCCAGGAAACCCACAAGGGCAAAAUCCCCAAAGAUGAGCACAUUCUCCGGUUCUUACGCGCCCGGGACUUCAACAUCGACAAAGCCAGAGAGAUCAUGUGCCAGUCGCUGACCUGGCGCAAGCAGCACCAGGUGGACUACAUCCUUGACACCUGGAACCCGCCCCAGGUCCUGCAGGACUACUACGCGGGAGGCUGGCACCACCACGACAAAGACGGGCGGCCCCUCUACGUGAUCAGGCUGGGACAGAUGGACACCAAAGGCCUGGUGAGGGCCCUCGGGGAGGAGGCCCUGCUCAGAUACGUCCUCUCCAUCAACGAGGAAGGGCUGAGACGCUGUGAAGAAAACACCAAAGUCUUCGGCCGGCCCAUCAGCUCGUGGACCUGCCUGGUGGACCUGGAGGGGCUGAACAUGCGCCACCUGUGGAGGCCCGGCGUCAAGGCCCUGCUGCGCAUCAUCGAGGUGGUGGAGGCCAACUACCCCGAGACGCUGGGCCGCCUGCUGAUCCUGCGGGCCCCCCGGGUGUUUCCUGUGCUCUGGACGCUGGUCAGCCCGUUCAUCGACGACAACACCAGGAGGAAGUUCCUCAUCUACGCGGGGAACGACUACCAGGGCCCCGGGGGCCUGCUGGACUACAUCGACAAGGAGGUCAUCCCCGACUUCCUGGGCGGGGAGUGCAUGUGUGAAGUGCCGGAGGGCGGGCUGGUCCCCAAGUCCCUGUACCGGACCGCGGAGGAGCUGGAGAACGAAGACCUCAAGCUCUGGACCGAGACCAUCUACCAGUCCGCCAGUGUCUUCAAAGGAGCCCCGCACGAGAUCCUCGUUCAGAUCGUGGAUGCCUCUUCGGUGAUCACCUGGGAUUUUGACGUGUGCAAAGGGGACAUUGUGUUCAACAUCUACCACUCCAAGCGGUCACCACAGCCGCCCAAGAAGGACUCCCUGGGGGCGCACAGCAUCACGUCUCCCGGGGGGAACAACGUGCAGCUGAUCGACAGGGCCUGGCAGCUGGGCCGGGACUACAGCAUGGUGGAGUCGCCGCUGAUCUGCAGAGAAGGGGAGAGCGUGCAGGGCUCCCACGUGACCCGGUGGCCGGGCUUCUACAUCCUUCAGUGGAAAUUCCACAGCAUGCCCGCGUGCGCCGCCACCAACCUGCCCCGCGUGGACGACGUGCUGGCCUCCCUGCAGGUCUCCUCCCACAAGUGUAAAGUGAUGUACUACACCGAGGUGAUCGGCUCCGAGGACUUCAGAGGCUCCAUGACCAGCCUGGAGUCCAGCCACAGUGGGUUCUCCCAGCUGAGCGCCGCCACCACCUCCUCCAGCCAGUCCCACUCCAGCUCCAUGGCUUCCAGAUGGCGACUUUGCUGACAGCUGCCAAGAAAACACUCCAGUCACCAGUGCACAUCAGCCCAGGGAUGUGUGUAGAGCUGUCUGGCUCUCAGCUCACACCCCCCCCCCCCGCCCCCAGGCUGAGGCUGUGUGCUUUUUAAGUUGGUUGGGAAGCGGCGCUGGUUCACCCAGAGAGUUGAAUGCGUCUGUAGGGCCGGGGCACAGACCCUUGUGCAGGGGCUCGCCCAGCUCCGUGACACGGUCCCAUCUCCCGUGCCCUGCGCUCCCAGCGCUGCUGUCCCCCUGCCUUCCCCAGCACUAACCACUUGGUUUCCACUUUCCUCCCUGAAUGCAUUAUUUGCAUAUCAACUUCUGUAAAUGUUUUGUAAACCUAUUACCUCACUCUUGGUAAUACAAUACUGAUAGUCUUUACAAGAUUUUUUAUUGUUAUCGAUAAUAAAUGUGAGCUGUUUAAAGAAAA